UUUUUGAUGAUAUUCUAAUUAUAUGACCAGCACCUGUAUAUUGUCAGAAGACGUGCCGACCACGUAGCCAGUAAUUGUUCUCUCCUCUUCCUCCCGUCCAGCCUCCACGUCUCGCUCAGCACCCAGGGUCAGACCAUGCUGUCGGCGCUGGUCUUCAGCACACUGCUGUGGCUCUCCCUCAUCCUGGCGCUCCGGUUCUGCCUCAAGCUGCUCCUCUCGUACCACCAGUGGAUGUUCGAGCAGCACGGCCGGGUUUCCAACACCACCAAAGUCUGGGUGACUCUGCUGAGUUUACUGUCGAGCAGGAAGCCUCUGCUGUACAGCUACCAAACCUCUCUGCCUCAUCUGCCUGUUCCUUCCAUCAAAGACACAGUGAGCCGGUAUCUGAAGUCGGCGCGUCCUCUCUUGACCGAUCCGGAGUUCAAACGCAUGACUGAGCUGGCCGACCAGUUCGAGUCCAACCUGGGAAACCGUCUGCAGCGCUACCUGAAACUCAAAGCUCUGUGGGCCACCAACUAUGUGAGCGACUGGUGGGAGGAAUACAUCUACUUGAGGGGCCGAAGUCCCAUCAUGGUCAACAGCAACUACUAUGGCAUGGACUUCAUGUACGUGACCCCGACCUCUGUGCAGUCGGCCAGAGCGGGCAACAUCAUCACUGCCCUGCUGCUCUACCGCCGCAAGGUCAACCGGGAGGAACUCAAACCGAGUCGUGUUCCAGGCACCGUCAUCCCUCUGUGUGCCGCUCAGUGUGAGAGGAUGUUCAACACAACGCGCACACCAGGAGUCGAGACUGAUGUGCUGCAGCACUGGCAGGACAGCGAGUUUGUGGCGGUGUACCACAAGGGCCGUUUUUUCCGCCUGUGGGUGUACCGGGCGGGCCGGCUGCUGUCUGCCAGAGAGAUCGAGCACCAGAUCCAGAGGAUCCUGGACGACCCUUCCCCCCCGCAACCCGGAGAGGACAAACUGGGAGCUCUCACUGCUGGGGACAGGUAGGAACGCAAGAAGGAGCGGUGUAUAUUGGAAUGUAUUAUUAUAUGUCGCAUUGCGUCUCUUAACUGUAUAACUUACCGGUUUAUACAUUAAUAACUCAGUUGUAAUGGCAAGAAAACGGGGUGUGUUUUUAUAUGUAUGUUUUUUUAAUUUUGAGAAUGUUUUUAUGCUUUUCCUUGUGCAUCGGUAGGGGCAUUUUUCGCUUUAUUGUGUUGAUGGAUUUGGCUUAACUUUUAGCGAGGAUGUUUAUUUAUUUAUUUUAGAUACAGACGCCCUUAAGGACAAAAAUGUCCCCAUUGAAACCACAGUUUCUGAUCUCACGGCCAUUAAAGCAUAAAAUCAUGUAUUCUAAUAUAUCAGACCUUCAAUCUACAACCCUGCUUUCAAAAUUGUAGAUUUUAUUAUUUUCCACCCGAUUGAGCCAUUUUCUCAGGUUUGCCCUAUGGGACAAAUACAUGCUAUUUAAAAAACAAUAUACCAGAAUAUGGCGUGAGUGCGUUUCUAAUACAUGACACUGUAUGUACAUUUUGAACACUUGAUGGUGCUGCCAUUUAGAACAACUAUUUGACUUCUAUCGAUUACUCGUCUAGUCAAACAUCAGUAUACAUGCACAUUUGGGUUUUCUUGUCUAGAAACACAAUUUCUUACAGUGUAACUGGGUGAAAACGUAACAUUGUUUGGCCCCUGACUCGUAUAUGGCCCACUGUCAAAUUUUGUUUUUACUCUUUUACAACAGAAUUGGCCAGAGCAAAUAGGAUCUUGUCAAUAGUUUAUAGGACUAUAGUGCGUCUGAGACCAGAGCACACACACCUCACACUGUGUAC